UGCGAAACCAAAACUUUGUGACGCAUAUAAAAAAGAGCUUCACAAAUAAAUUCAGAGAACAUUACUGCAGUUGCUGAACGAAGGUGUUCAAGAAAGAAAUCUUGCAAGAUGAAAGAACUUAUAAUUCUGCUUUUGGUUGGUUUGUUUGCAGAUGUAGACGCCAGACGAAGCUGCUAUACCUGUCGUGACAUACGACGUCAUGGGCAUACCACGAGCGGUAUGUAUUCUGUUUACUUACCAUCGGGCUUGAGAAGAGUGUUUUGUGAGAUGGGUAUCAAUCAUGGUGGAUAUACUUUUAUUUCCAAUUCUCUACUGGCGAGAUUAACCAACGCUGACAUCAGAUGCUUAUUCAGGAGACGUAAUGAUGUGCUUCUCCGAAUUUCAAAACCCGAUGGUACACAGCCCUAUACAGUUAUCAGUCAAUACAGGUCAACUGGUGGAUUGCGUGUUCAUCUAAGCAAGCAUACUGGCACAGAAAAGCCGUUGAAUUGGAGGAUUGGUCCAUAUAUUUAUUUGGAUACUCUGCCAAAUUCUCGGAGCAGGUUUCGUCAUACAGAAGGUAUCAAAGUGAAUGGAAAGCCUGUAACAUUUCGAAAUUGUGACCGCAAUGACAGAAGUUAUUUCGCCUUUUUUCAAAACCCGUUUGAAAAAAUUCCCUCUUCAUAUCACAAAAGUAAUUUGAUUUAUGAGCGCCAAGGGGUUGCAGUUAAUUGGAGGAAGAACGCAAUACGACCUCCUUCAGGACGCCGCCUGCCUUUAAAUUAUUUCUUCUUCACUGAAAUGCAUUAUGGCGGCUGUGGAACCUACACAUCCAGUGAUCGAUGGUUACAUGCCACAUAUCCAGCACUUGGAACUGCAAUUGGAUUAAGAUGAGAUUUUUGUGGUUGGACUUUCUUAAGAUUUCUAAAAAAGCUUACGUAAUAGUUGUAAAAUGAUUAUUGAUAACAUAUUUGCGUUUCAUUCUUA